GGUUGACAGAUCAAGUGCGGUGUCUGACGUCACCUCAUGCAUGUUCAUGAUUCCGUGACAGCUACGGAAACGUGUUCUGGAACUCGAUGACUAAUACUGCACACUUAUUUAUCUUUAUGAAACAUUUCCGUCGUUAGAAUAAGCAUAGAAUUCGCUGUCAUAUCGAAAAGAAAUGGAAGAGUUUAAUGCAGCAUCAUUCGCCGGCAAAGAUGAUUUUGAGAGUGGUUUACUUAAAAAUGAUAAACCAUUAUUGGAUAUGGAUGAUUUUGAAACAUUAGAAUCCGCAUUGAAUGCCACUAAUGAUUCCCCUAUUCAUACAAAAGAUUUAAUCGAUGAUCUUAGCGGUAAUUUGCAAUCUGGAUUAAUUUCCACGACACGCCCUCUCGUUACAAGCAGUGAAGACGAAGUAUCGGAGUCUUCUAGAGGGGUUUCUCCAUCUAUACCCAGCCCUAAUUUACUAGAUUAUGUCAACAUUGAUAAGGAUCAGUCAUUAAUAGAUAUUAAAGCCGAUACUGGUGUGGAAGAUACAAUCCGCCAUUCAGCGUAUGAAUCACCGCCACAACAACAACAUUUUGGCGGUGGCGACAGUUUAUUGAUUGACGACGACAAAGUAGGUCUUCAACCAGUUAGUGAAGAGGAUAAAUCGGAUCUAAUUGCUGGUUUACACGACGAUAGGCAAUCGGCUUAUCAUUUUGAAGAAAUACCGCAAUCGAAAAAUAUUGAAAGCGUUCUAGAAGUUAAAGAGCCUAAAAUAGACUCAAAAACUGAAAGAUACGCAGAUAGUUACGAAUCGGGACUUGGUGCGUAUCAGGCAGCUGCGCAACCUGCUGUGGUGAAGAAAACCGAGGUCGCCAUGGAGGCUGAAAAGGUAGGAAGUACUACAAAGAGUUCCGAAGACUGUAUUUGCCCUUAUUCCCCAGGGGCAUGGUUCAAUCCAGAUAAAUUACAUCCUGUUGUUGCACAAUAUGUAUAUUGGAGGGAUCCUAAAAAAAGUGGAAUUGCUCUUGCAAUCUCACUCACACUCCUGUUGUCUUUCAAGUAUUAUUCUAUUAUUAGUGUUACUGCCUACUUGACCUUGGCAUUAUUGACUAUUACAACUACUUUUCGUAUCUAUAAGAAUAUUCUUCAAGCAGUCCAGAAGUCUAAUGAGGGACAUCCUUUCAAGGAUUAUUUGGAAAUGGAUAUUACUUUGUCGCAGGACAAAGUAAGUGAAACUGUGGAAGUUCUUAUUCAUCAUUUGAACUGCGUAUCUGGUAAAAUACGCAGCCUAAUCCUUGUGGAAGAUCUUGUUGAUACCAUCAAGCUUGGAGUCCUUGCAUGGUGCAUGACAUACAUCGGUGCUUGGUUCAAUGGGUUAACACUUAUCAUAAUAUUUGUUAUAUCAGCAUUUACAAUGCCAAAAGUGUAUGAAACCAACAAGGCCCAGAUCGAUAUGUAUGCUGAACUUGUUUGCACAAAGGGAAAAGAAGUCAUUGAAAUGGUAAAUGCCAAAAUGCCAUUGGGCAAGAAGAAGAAAGAUCAGUAAAGUUUUUACCAUUCCUUCUUCAUUACUUCUUUUUUUAUAAUUGAGGCUGAAAAAAGAAAAAGACUUGCAUGCCAUGUACUUAUUGCAAAGAACCAUGCUUUAACAAAGUGUUGUAACUAGCCACUUUCGUAGAUAGAUAUCAAAAACACUUUUUUUUUUCUUUUUAUUUCAAGAUAUUUCUUUGCACAAAUAUAAAAGUCCACUACUCAUGAAAUAUAUUGUAAUUUUUUUGUAAAUGUCAACAAAAAAAAAUUUAUAAAUUAGUGUAUAUGCUGUUUGUAACUCAAUUUAUGAUGCUUAUCCAUGUAGGUACCCCCUGUUGUCAAGUUUUCAACAUUAGUGAUUUAUGAUUGUGAUACUCAUCCAGUUGUGAUUUAUGUGUUAAUUUUUUUUUUGUAAAAUAUGUACUUCAGGGUUUUUUCAUCUCUCUGAACACAUUUAAGCUCGUUUCUUAUUGAAUAAAUUUGUUGCAGUUUCUUGAAGAAUAAAUAACUCAGCUUGUUAAAUGUUAAUUCAAAUUUUUGUCUAAGCAUGUUAAAGCUUAUUGUAGUAUUCCUUAAUCAAUAAAGUUGGCUUGUUAUACACUUAA